UUCACAAAGGAAGCAGAACUUGAGCUCAUUUGCGAGAUGUCACUUCGCUAGGCACCACCAAGAUAAGUUAGGCAGUCGAUGGUACUUGUCUUGCUCGUCUGAAUUCGUCGGCACUGUGGAUCUCCAGAUGCUAAACUGUACUUUGGAUUAGGACGGUUAUUGGUGGUCACAAGAUGGCUCUGGGGUCAGCAUAUCAACAUAAACUGGCAGAGAAACUUAUGAUACUGAAUGACAGAGGCAAAGGAGUUCUGAUCCGUGUCUACAACAUCAAAAAGACAUGUUCAGAUACCAAGACAAAACCUCCAUUCUUCACAGAGAAGGCAAUGGAAUCUUCACUCAAAUACAUUGGCAAGAAGUUUCCUAACAUUGAUGUUCGCAGCAGCACGCAACAUCUAGGUCCAGUGCAUAAAGAAAAGGCAGAAAUUGUCAAGUUUCUAAAUAGCUAUUACCUGUCAUUUGUGGAUGUUAUGGAAUUUCGUGACCAUGUAUAUGAGUUGUUGAACACGAUCGAUGCCUGUCAGUGCUAUUUUGACAUUAAUGUCAACUACAAUUUUACCAAGAGCUACCUGGAUCUCAUAGUUACAUACUUUUCCGUCAUUCUGUUAAUGUCCCGUAUUGAAGACAGAAAGAUCCUUGUUGCCCUUUAUAAUUGUGCACAUGAAAUGUUGCAAGGACAGAGUGAUCCAACUUUUGCCAGGCUUGGGCAGAUGCUACUGGAAUAUGACAAUCCUCUUAAAAAAUUGAGUGAGGAAUUUGGACCUCAUACCAAGACAGUAAAUGAUGCUCUGAUGUCCCUACACUUCCUAUACUGCCGGAGAACACAGCCUGCUGACCAGUGGAGGGGGGCUCAGUUACUUAGCCUGCUUAGCUAUCCUAAUGCUAUGAUAGCGCCAUCUAGCUCUGACACGAUGCCCUGUGAAUAUCUCUCCGUUGAGACUAUGGAAAGGUGGAUUCUAAUUGGCUUCCUGCUGUCGCAUGGUGUAUUGAACAUGAACCUCUCCAGCUUGGAGCUUUGGAAACUGGCUCUACAGGGCAGUAGUUGUAUCACGUUAAUCCGGGAUGAUGUUCUCCUUAUUCAUCGUGUGACUGAGGACUUCUUUGGCAGCUUGAAAGGGUAUGGAAAACGUGUGGUGGAUGUGAAGGAAUGUAAAGAACAGUUUGCAGCAAAUAGUGGGCAGUUUCACCGCGCCAGGAGAGCGUUUCUCCGGAGUGCAAUUAAGGAGCUGGAAGCUAUUCUAUCAGAUGAACCUGGACUUCUAGGCCCUAAGGCACUCUAUGCAUUUAUGGCUCUAUCCUUUGGCCGAGAUGAAAUUAACUGGCUUGUGCGUCACGCAGAGCACGUCACUAAGACAAAGACGCCGGAGGACUACGUGGAUGUGCACAUUGCAGAGCUGAUUUUUUACAUGGAGGAGAUAAGGGUCGCCCUAAGAAAACAUGUGCCCAUCAUACAGAAAUACCACAUCCAGUAUAUGGCUAAAUUCGAUGCCCUUGUCCUCAGUGAAAUCCUUCAGAAUCUGACAGUCUGUCCUGAAGAAGAGUCUGUGAUCAUGUCUUCAUUCGUGAGCACUCUGUCUGCCCUCAAUAUAAAACAAGUGGAGCACAAGGAAAAAUUUGAUUUCCGGGCUCUGAGACUGGACUGGUUUCGCCUGCAGGCAUAUACCAGUGUAUCGAAAGCACCCUUGUCACUUCGAGAUAAUCCAGAUCUGGGCAAAGUCAUGAAUCUGAUCAUGUUUCACAGCUGGAUGCUUGAUUCCAUAGAGGAGCUUAUUACAGAAACCUCUGACCUCUCUACUUUCUGCUUUCAUGUGCGAAUUUUUGAGAAGACAUUCUUAUCAACAAUGGAGGAGCCUUCCGCUCUACGUUAUUCCAUUGCAUUUCCAAUUAUAUGUUCUCACUUCUCAAGUUGCUCUCAUGAUAUGUGUCCAGAGGAGUACCCGCAUUUGAAAAACUGUGGUCUAGGUCUGUGCAACAAUUUUUUGGAUGAAAUCAGCAAGCAUGCCAGUGGCUGUGUCAUGGACAUGUGUGCGGAGCAGAGCAGCCUGAGUGAGAAGCUGCUCCCAAAGCAUUGCGCUGCAACAAUAAGCAAAGCCAGAAACAAGAAACUGAAAAAACCGCCACCAAAGAAAGGUGAACCAGAAAGGGAAAAACCCGGAGCUGAGAGUCAGAGGAAAGACCGCAGUGUGACUACAACUAUGGACAAGAUACAUCUGACACUGUGUGAACUCUCCAUGGCUUUAAACCAUAUCAAAAGUAUAACAGUGUUUGAACAUGUGGUCACACCGGCAGAAUACCUCAGCUCCCACUUAGAGGUCAAACUCGGCCGGGCAUUGGUCAGUAUGCUGAACUGGAAUCCAACGACGAGAGAGAUUCAACGACCCUCGGAGGUUCUACAAGGGAUGCGUUCUUACCUCUGCGCUCUACAGUCCAUUGGGCACAUGAUAAAUAUUGAUGUGACGAGGAUCAUACGUAGCACUUUACUGCAACAGACACAAUCAACUGAUAUAAACGGGGAACACACCAUGACUUCAUUAUAUACAAAUUGGUAUCUAGAAUGUCUUCUUCGUCAAGCCAGCACUGGGUUAAUUGUGUAUUCUCCAACAAUGAGAACCUUUGUCGAUCUACCAAGAGAAAUGAGUGGAGAGCAGGGACUAAAUGCUGAGGAAUAUUCAGAUGUUUUAGAGAUGAAAGCUUUGGCAGAACUGCUUGGCCCAUACGGAAUAAAGUUUCUGAGCGAGAACCUCAUGUGGCAUGUGACCUCGCAAGUUGUUGAGUUGAAGAAACUGGUAAUGGAAAACAUGGACGUGCUGGUGCAAAUCAGAUCCAACUUCAGUAAUGCAGAUUCUAUGCCGUUGUUGUUGACCAAAUUGAACUCUGCGGAGAAUCUUCUGAAAAGGAUGACCAUUAUUGGGGUAAUCUUAUCUUUCCGGGCUCUGGUUCAGGAGGGACUUAGAGAGGUCUUCACCAAUCAUUGUCCAUAUAUAAUGGGUCCAAUUGAAUUCCUGAAGGAUUUUGUCACCCCUGAAAUUGAUAUUCAGGUGACCCUAAGCAUCUUUGAAUUGGCCACCUCUGCAGGUAUCCCGUGUGAUGUCGAUCCCAGUUUAGUAGCGGCACUGUCAAACAUGAAAAAAGACAGCUCAUCUCUCGAGGAAGAGUAUAAGGUAGCUUGUCUACUGCAGGUGUUUCUAGCGGUCUCCCUUCCGUUGCUUGCUUCUGAUCCCUUGUCCGUUUACAAUAUUGAAAGUGAUGGCUAUAAUAACAAUAUCCACUGUCUGGCCAAAGGCAUCAUUCAGAUAUCAGCUGCCUUAUUUACUCUCUACAGAAAGAAUAUAGAAACCCACCUAAAGGAAUUUCUGUUGAUGGCAUCCGUUAGUCUUCUACAUCUCGGAGAAGACACAGACAAACUAAAAGCCAGAAACCGAGAGUCUAUCUUACUUCUACUGCAGCUUAUUGUAGAGGAGUCUUCAUUCCUUUCCGUAGACAUGCUGGAGUCCUGCUUUCCCUAUGUAUUGUUGCGGAACGCGUAUCAUGAAGUCCACCGUUUAAAUGCUGCCAUGAUGACUUCUUCCUAAUGCUUUGAUGACUGCCGCCUCGCUGUCAAUACGAUUCUAUCAUUGAACACUCCACACCCUGAACAUAAAGAUGGACAUUUUGCUCAAUUGCAUGACCUUCAAGCACAUUCUCAGUGCCUUAUCCCAGCCGUAGACUAAUAGUGAUAGGAAUGUCAGAUUGGUGAAUAAGCAGAUGAAAUGUCAAUCUCCACAAAUUCUCCAAAUCAGGUCAAUGAGAGGGAAUUUGCCUUAUGGGCAGAAUACACGUUCUCAGCAGCAAACAAGCAGGUGUUUAUGCUUGGCUGAAAUCCACUCAUCAAAUGAAUAUUUGACUGAAGUCACUAUAGAAUAUAGAAUAUAAUUUUUUCUUGUAUGAUCUAAUGCAAUCCAAAACAGUGAGAUUUUUUAAAAAUGUAUCCUGCUUUUAAUAACAAGGUAGUUAGACCCAUGUUUACAAAGGCAACACAGGCAAAAUAACAACAUCACAGCGCAGACGCUUGCUGCCAAAAACCGUUGCACAAAGCCAAUGUAAAUCACUUGCAAUAACGCUUUUCAAAUGCCACAGUUGUCAUUGUUUUUUUGAACUCUCAUUUGUUUUUGUACUUUGUAGUUCAGCGAACCAACCAAUAUUUCCUCUUUUUAAUAUAUUGUUUUCAAGAGACCCAGAGAGUUUUAUUUGUUCUUUGUAAUCAGAAAAUCAUUACUAAAUGACUUUUUUUUUUAUUUACAGCAUAAUCACAAAACAUGAGUGAAUAAUAUAUUACAGAUUUAAAAAAAUGAUCUUCUUUGUAACCUUUAAACCUACUCCAAUUAUUCUUAUAAAGCUUUAUCAUAAUCA